AAACAACCUUGCUUUUGAAAUGGAAAACAUAAUUUUCUAAGCGUAUUUUCGUCCUUGAAUUUGCCAACGUCACUAUAAAUAUCCUCAGCCUUCUCUGGACUAAUCUUUAGCUGCAAAAAAGCACAUAGUAGCAACACUAAGGGCGACAAAAAAAUUCCUCCUCUUUUUCUUCCUCUUUUCGCCGCUAAAACCUCUUCCCAACCAAAACAACAUCAGAAAACUAGCUUGAGAGCCAGAAAAAUCGUGGCUACUAGAUUUUUUCGUUUACAUAAGCUUUUUCUUUUCCAGACGAUUGUCAUUAAGAUAGCAAUAACACAAGUGGUGUGAUGGGAUUUUGUAUUUGUCCCUUGCAGACACCAGCAAGGUUGCUGUGGACUACUAGUUUCUUUCGCCAUAAGCUUAUGAUCUUCUAACGUAUACAAAUUAAACACAGAAAUUUUCUGUGUAAAAAUCUUACUUGUUUCUUAAGUUACACAAAUUUUUGCCUUUUACUGACGAAAAUCGUCGCCGGAAACUCUAGUCACAAAUUUUACACAUACAGGUACAGAUAUAGUGUGAGAAAGAGAACAUAUAAAGAUGGAAGCUGGCCGUCUUUUCUUCAAUCCCUCCGCAUGCCACGGCAACAUGUUGUUCCUCGGGGAUAAUGAACCCAUUUUUCGAGGGGCAAGAACAAUGACUAGCAUGGAGGAAAUCUCAAGAAGGCGAACCUUCUUCAGCUCGCCGGAGGACUUGUACGAUGAGGAGUACUACGACGAGCAGUUGCCGGAGAAAAAGCGGCGCCUCACACUGGAGCAGGUACAUCUGCUAGAGAAGAGCUUUGAGGAGGAGAACAAGCUGGAGCCAGAGCGAAAGAGCCAGUUGGCUAAGAAGUUAGGGCUACAGCCAAGGCAGGUGGCUGUCUGGUUCCAGAACCGCCGUGCUAGGUGGAAGACAAAGCAGCUUGAAAUAAAAUAUGAUCUCCUUAAAGCUUCUUAUGAUUCCCUUCAAUCAAAUUAUGACUCUAUUGUCAAGGAGAAUGAGAAGCUAAAAUCUGAGGUGGCUUCCUUGACUGAAAAAUUGCAAGCCGAAGAUGUGGCAACAGGACCAUUAAUGACAGGUCCAAUGGCUGAACCCCUCGCAGCUGAGAUGGUUUCUUCCAUCCAAUUUUUUCUGAAGGUUGAGGACCGCCAGAGUACCGGCAGUGCUGGGAGUGCGGUGGUAGAUGAGGAUGCUCCACACCUUGUGGACAGCGGUGAUUCAUACUUUCCAAGUGAGGAAUACCCCGGAUGUGUUGGCCCUGUCAAUGGGGUUCAAUCGGAAGAGGACGACGGCAGUGAUGAUGGCCGGAGUUACUUCUCCAAUGUGUUCACAGCCACUGAGCAGCAGCAGCAGCAUGAAGAGCCAUUAGGAUGGUGGGUCUGGCCCUAAAUUAUCCUGUUAAUAUCUGUACUGGUUUAUAGUAUAUCAUGCUUUUAAGACUAAGACAUGUCCUAGGCCCUGUAAUAUGAGGUGCAGUACAUGAAUAAAAUUUUGUCUUGUAAUAACAAUUUGUUCAGACAAUCUCCCCUCCUUUUUGAGCUUAUAGCACUCCUCCAUCUAACGCAAGAUUGAGAAAAGAACGAAAAUUAUUUGCAAGCUUAUAUAGUUAU